AUGUUUCGAAUUUUUAUUAAUUCUACCAUUAGUACUAGAUUUUGUUGUACAAAUUUUUCAAAGUUUAAUAUACGUUUUACAACACCAAAUGACCGUGAAAAAUUGGAAAUUCUUUUAAAACGUGGAUUUCAUGAGGAUGAAAAUUUAAUUAAAAUGUUAGAUUUAAGUUAUGAAGAGACAAAACCAUUAUAUGAUAAAAUAUUGUCUAAUAAUUUUACCAUAAAUAAUAGUCUUUGUGCUGUUAAUAAAGAUAAUGAUGAAAUUUGUGCAACUAUAAUUUUUAAAUUACUUACUAGAGAAGAUGAAUCUAAUAAUUAUGUUGAUAAAAAAGAAGAACAACAUUUAAAAAAUAUUAUAGAUAAUAAUGAAAAAUUAAAAAAAUGUUUUAAAAUUCAAGAAGAAUGUUGUAAGGAUGUAUGGAAAGUUUUUCCUUCCGAUAUUAAAGCUGUUUGGAAAACUUUUAUGUUAGCUGUGUUACCAGAAUAUAGGAAAAUGAAAAUUGCUAGUUUAAUUAUGAAGUCAAGAGAAAAAUUAUGUCCAGAAAGAUUUCCAAAUUUGUAUGGUGAUAUAGCUGAUUGUACUACAUUGACAUCAGUAAAAAUACAAAAUAAUUGUGGAUAUAAAAAUUAUAGCAAAGUUCCAUAUAGUUACAUAGGUUUACCUCCAGCUCCAGAUGGAUCAGAUUGUGUUAUUGGAAAUUAUAAAAUUUUUCCACAUUACUAUGAAAAGAAAUAA